GAAAAGCGACACGAAAACAUACACUUAGGACGGGGACAUUAAAUGUCGGCAUGACUAAAAAUUAACGAAGCGGGCUGUUUACUCCCCUUUAAGGCGAUUGUUCCCAAUUCUCUUUCCCAUUCGCGAUUAUCACUCGCUUCCUGGCGGAACUCGCCGAUGUCUCACCGCUGCAAUCCCGGAGUUGAUCGUUUUUCCCAUUUCCUAUGUAGCGCUUGGAACAAAAACUAUGAAGAGCUGAAACGGUGAUUUUCGCCCCUUUGUUCGCGUUUUAAUCUGAAAAAAUACAUCGUGCGGAGCAGAAGGCAGCGAACUCUCACCGCGAAGCGACACAAUAUUCCCUGGAUACGAGAUUUAAAAAAAAUAUUUGCAUAGGAUAUAUAUCAGAUCACGGGAAUACAAAUCGUGUGAUUGCAUUAACAAAUGCUCCGGGAAUACUGGUAACAGUGAAGUUCGAUAUGAUAAAAGGAUUGUUUGCAAUAAAUAUUCCCAGCCAGAUUUGUCUCCUUGAAUAUUAACCGAGAAUGUAAUUAAGAUGUUGCAUAUUAAUAUGUAGCCUUUUUCUUCAAAUUGUUGAACUUUUAUGAAAAUGAGAUGCAUCUACUUAGUAAGCUAAUUCCUUCCGUACUCCACAAUGAAAUCAACAGGGCUCUCAAAGCACUGCACGUAAACCCCGCAGGACUAACCAGGACACAAUUCCCAAUGAGGAUCAAGCCCGAAAACAGUUAGAGAAAAGGGAGCAUCAAAAGAGGUGAACUUUUACAUUGAAAAGUAUUUUAUUAAUCGACACAUUUACUCUUUGGUGUGUAUUAAUUACAUAGCGUAAUUAAAGAUACACAGCACAUUUAAGUGCUGAUGCGCUUGCUGUUUCUUAUUCGACUUUUUAAACCACAUUUGACUUUACGUACUGAAAUUAAAUUUACAGCAUAGUUUUGAUUUGAUGAAUGAUUUGCCCAUACAUACGAAGCUAAAACAGUAUGUUUUAAUGUGUCAAGUAAUCAGUAAGCUUGAAGUGAACAAGUUGGACUUUUGGUGAAUCAACGCACGGAGCAGCUGUCACAUCGAGUCAAGUUUGAUCUUAACCUACGAAGAAGAAAGAUCGAAGCAUCUUGGAGAAUGUUCUAGAUGAUGAGAAGACAAGGCGUGCACGUUAGUUAGUUCACUUUGACGAAUGUUUUUUUCUCUUCCAAGUACAUUUUCCAUGGGUAGUUAAGAGUAUUGUUGUUUCCCGAAGCCGCAGCCCGCAGAUCAAAGCCAGCUUGCGGGGAAAGUGUUGCUCUUGCGGUUCUUCAGAUCUCCGAGCUGACUUGCCGCGUCUGUGCGUGUUUGCCUGGCGUGGCCGGAUUUCAGAGUGAUUCACUAUUUAAAUCCUACUGUGAUGUUUCCCCAAGAAACAGAGGAAUCCAUGGCAAAGUGGCUGAAGGAUUAUCUGAGUUUCAGCAGCCGGCGAGCCCCACCACAGCCACCUAAGCCAGACUACACGGAGAGCGAGAUCCUCAGAGCCUAUCGCGCACAGAAGAACCUGGACUUCGAAGAUCCGUACGAGGACGCGGAGAACCGAGCCAGGAACGAGUCUGUCAUGUCAGACCUGACGCAUCACGGCUUAGGCUCCCCGCUCAAGUCUGUCGGUACGGAUGUAAAAAUGGUGUCGCCUAAACAUCGACUCAUCAAGGUGGAUUCACAGGAGCUGGGUCGCUGCAAAAUACUGCUGAGUACCAUCUCGUUUGAAGACCCGCCGGAGCCGGUGGUCCCGUCGGCACCCCUGGCCAGAGACACGGACUACUCGGACCCGUUUGACGCCCGUCUGGACCUGCGACCCAUGAGGCCUGGGAUGGAGCUAGUCCCGACCGAAAACAACGGUUACAUGGAGCCGUAUGAGGCCCAGAGGGUCAUUGCCGAGCUGCAGCGGGGCGUGGAACGGCAGAAGGGCGUGCCGCAGCUUUACGACACGCCGUAUGAGGAGCGGGUGCGUGGGCGGAGCCUGUGCCGCCUCGGGGUCCUCGACGGAGGCAGGGAGAGCCGCCUGCCUCGAGACGAUGAGCGGCCGGCAGAUGAGUACGACCAGCCCUGGGAGUGGAAGAAGGACAACAUCUCCAAGGCCUUCGCAGUGCAGUUUGACGGGGGCGACUGGGAGCGGCCCUCGCUGCAGGCAGAACGCCCCCGGCCCCCCAGGCACGGCACAGCACUCGGGGGGGACCCCAAGUACCGCAAGAAUCCCCCGGUGCCUCUGGGCGAGCGAGUGGACCCUACCUUGCCGUUGGAGAAGCAAAUAUGGUACCAUGGAGCCCUGAGUCGCUCUGAGGCCGAGGCCCUCCUCACUCUGUGCAAGGAGUGCAGCUACCUGGUUAGGAACAGUCAGACGAGCCGCUUGGAUUAUUCGCUCUCCCUCAGGAGCUGCCAAGGAUUUAUGCACAUGAAAUUCACUUUGUCCAAGGAGGGCAAGUACAUUCUGGGUCAGAACAGCCCACCCUUCAACACCAUCCCGGAGGUGAUCCACUACUACACCACCCAUAAGCUGCCCAUCCGCGGAGCUGAGCACCUCUCCCUCCUCUUCCCCGUCAUGGUGCAGACCCUCUGACCGCUUCAGGGUGCUGGGCGCCAGCUGUGUCUGCUCACGGGAAUUUUACUUGCAUGAAAAUGUUUUGCGGGCAGAAUGAAAAAUGACUGGUUCAGAGAGAUAACCAAUCAGAUUGUAGAGGGGGUGGGUCCAAGCAGCUAGAGGAGGCAGGACCAACCAAUCAGAUGUCUUGGUCCUUCCUCUUCUAGUUCUAGCUGCUUGUUCCCACCUCCUCUACAAACUGAUUCAGAACAUCUUUCUGUAAGUAAAACUCCCAUGAGUGAUGUGAUUGGCAUUCAGGAUGGGCUGUAACCAUUACAGAUUUUUAUGAUUUUUUUUAUUCAUGGAUAAGGCAGGGAGAGUAACCUCCCUCCUUGUUCUGAGUGCCAAAGUCCGGUGGAUCUUUGAUGUCAUAUCAUAGCGGGCUGUGAAGUGAUUAUCCAACAUAUAAACAAACACUGGACCUUGACCAGAGACUAGAGCCAAACCGCCUACUAUUUUGCGGGCCUAUUCCAGGUCAGCUCCCGGAGGCGGUCCCAAGAAGUUUAUUGGGUCACGCAGACUCUGUUUCGACUGGGUGACUCUUUUUGUUUUUCUUUUUCACCUGACGUCAGAUUGUCUGUUCGGUUUGACUUGCUGCUGCUGUCCAGCAAACCGUUUUCGUUUUUUGCCCACUGAGAUUAAUCAGCAUAAUCGCUUUGCUCCAGUCUUGUUGAUCUUGUUGAUCUUGUUGAUCAUACACACUGCAUACGUUUUCUGUACCUUAUGAUGCCACGGAUCCCACUACACAGAAUGUCAAACUACACGCUUCCUGGUUUUGCCAAGCUCUUUGUCAAUUUCCUGUCCAUCAUUCGGUCAGGAUUUUGUCCUGCCAGAUGAACAUUGCUGUGUUUUAAUUUCCAGUUUGCAAACAUUUCUCCCCAGUUCAGUGUUUCACAGUUUAAUAUUAAAUGUCAUUCAUCAUUGUCAUUUAUAAUAACAAUGAUACUGAUAAUAGUGAAUAGAUUUAAGUUAUUUGUUGGUACUUAAUCUGGACUAAGUGAUUAAUAUAACCUUUCUUACCAGUAUUAUGUCCUUUUUCUGACAGCAGCAAACGACUGUAUUAAAGUAAUUCUGUUACUGUAA